AUGCCCACUUCUGGUCAAACAUCCCGAAGGGGAUCCGCGGAUUCUUCCACCGCCCAAGGCAACGCCACGGCGAAUGAAUCAUUAUCGCUACCCAUGACAGCCAGCGCAACUCCUUCAGAGGCUGCGGGUGCGGAGCCGCCCAGCUCCUCCGCCACUCCUGCGCCUUAUGGCACUCGGUCCAGGGGUCGCAAUGCGCCUCGCCCCAACUACGCCGAAGAUCGCGACAUUGACAUGGAUCUCGAACUGCUUCCACCCUCAGCACCCAAAUCAUCUAAGAAAAGUGGUGGUACAGCUGCCACUAGCACUACUAAUGGUGUCAAACCCGACGGCGAGAAGGCUACAUCAUCAUCAAGUUCCCGAAAGAGCCUAACCGCGGUGAAUGGACCUAAUGCCGCAGCCGCCAAGGACGCGAUUCCUGGCACGUCUUCUUUUUCAGCGAAGCCAGACGAUGGAGCCGGUUCUUCGAGUUCGUCAAGGAAACGUAAACAGCCGGCGAGCUCUACGAAUUUGAACCCCACAAAUGGAAAUGCGGCCAAAAAAAUCUUUACCACUGCUCCAAGCGCGGACCCCAGCCUGGCUGAGUCCAACAUGGUCUCUUUCGAGAACCGUGGUGCCUACCUCAAGGAUGGCAAAUUGACUGCCGAUGACGGCACAACGUUCGCCGUGAAUGAUCAUGUUUACCUCAUUUGCGAACCUCCUGGAGAGCCAUACUACCUUGCUCGGAUCAUGGAAUUUCUUCCGUCUAAAGAUAAACCCAAUGGACCCAUUGAAGCGCUGCGAGUCAAUUGGUACUAUCGACCUCGUGAUAUUCAUCGCAUCGUCGCAGACACAAGGCUUGUCUUCGCUUCCAUGCAUUCCGACACAUGUCCGCUCACAUCAUUGCGUGGAAAAUGCCAGAUCAAGCAUCUAUCGGAAAUCGACGAUUUCAAUGCGUAUCGGAAAAGCAGGGACUCGUUUUGGUACGACAAGAUGUUUGACCGUUAUAUUCAUCGCUACUACGAGGUCGUUCCGACCAAGAAGGUGAUCAAUGUACCAGCCAAUGUCAAGAAGGUCCUUGAUGAACGUUGGAAGUUCAUCCUAGUGGAGAUAGGAAAACGGAAAGAACUGUUUAGUGCGGUCAAGACCUGCAAGCGAUGCGGUUUGUACGCUGCUAGCAAUGACUCAGUUGAUUGCGCUGUCUGCCACAAUACCUAUCACAUGCACUGUGUGCGCCCGGUCCUCACCAAGAAACCCGCCCGAGGGUUUGCAUGGGCCUGUGCAGCUUGCAGCCGUGCACAGGAAAGGAAACUUGAGGCUCGAAACACGCCCAUCAUCGGUGAAGCUGCAGCCGAACCGGAGGAAGAAAUUGCCGAAGAAGAAGAGGAGGAGUCGAAUGGCCUUCCUAACGGUACCAAUGUCAGUACGCCUGCUCCGGCGGAGGAGGAAAAUCCUCGUCCAGCGACGAAGGAACAGAUUGCGCAAGCUCGGAUGUGGCCCUACCGUUAUCUGGGGAUUCAUUGUCGGGUGGAAGAUGCGCUCGAUUACGAUGACCGCAUCUAUCCUCGAGCCAGUUCUCGAUUGGGACCACGGCAUCAAGCGAUCGUCAACCCAUGGCCUGGCCGUCCCGUCGAGUACGCCAAGCCGAUUGAUAUCAAAAAGAAAUAUUUGAGUCGCUCUGGCCGCAAAGAUUCGAAGCUCUCGAAAGAGGCUCAGGCAGCAAUCGAAGCAGCGAAGCAGGAAAUUGCAAACCGCCCUAAAUGGGUCAUGGAUGAACCAGUUGGAUACGUGCGACGCGGCGAGGACGAGCCAGUUCAAAUCAACGGCAAGCCAGCCCGUACUGCCGAGUUACUGUUUAAGAUGCCCACUGCAACGCAGAUCCCAAGCCGGGGCGAAGAUGAUGCGCCUGGAGCGGAACUCAGUCCUGCUGAUCGAGAGAAAUUCAUUGACGAAUACAUGGAACGGGCCAAGGAAAUCGCACCUCAAUUAGGAGAGGAGAAGUACUCUACAAAUUUCCUGGAUAAGGCCUUGGAGCUUCUCUAUGCAAACAGUUUUGAUGCGGAGGCCGCUCUCGCGAAGCUGAAACAGCAGAACAAAUACAAGGACCUGAAGGAACCGCAUUUGCGCCCCGAGGAAGUGAAGUUGUUCGAACAGGGCGUUGCCAAAUACGGAUCAGAGCUGCGCAAUGUGACCAAACACGUCGGUACAGUUCCGCAUUAUCAGAUCGUUCGAUUCUAUUACAUGUGGAAGAAGACCCCGCGCGGUCGGCAGAUUUGGGGCAGCUACGAGGGCAGAAAAGGCAAAAAAGAAGCGAAACGACAUAAUGCCAAUUCGAAACUUGUGGAUGACGUGGCUGAUGACCACGAUGAUUCGGCUUUUGACAAUGAGAAAGCGUUGGAGAAGAAGCGUGGCUUCCAAUGUAAGUUCUGUUCCACGCGGUCUUCGCGGCAAUGGCGACGCGCCCCCGGCGUUCCGCCUGGCACCACGACCCCGAGCGAGCCAUCGAAGAAGGACAAGGGCCCACUGCUCACGGUGGCUCUCUGUCUUCGCUGUGCUUUAUUGUGGAGAAAGUACGGGAUUCAGUGGGAAAGCGUGGAUGAAGUUGCAAAGAAGAUCGCGCAGAGUGGCAACAAGUCCUGGCGCCGCCGAGUCGACGAGGAAUUACUGACGCAGCUCCUCCUCUCGACUGAGACACCGAUCAGUAUCAACAGUGCCACAGCAGCCACUGCGGCCUCGAUCGGUGUGCCAGUCAACGCGAACCCGCAAGUACAGCCACAAGAGUCCAACAAGAAAAAGGCAAAGCCCAAUGAGAAAGAGAGCACAGCUACUUCGACUGCCACAUCCGUCGAACCAGCACCGAAAAAGAAACCGGCCCCGGAAAAAGCGCCAGAGCCGCAACCGAUCGUUCCGGAUCCUCCAAAAGCCAAAACACUUCCCUGCGCCAUUUGCAACAGGCUGGAGCCUUUGGGCGACCAACACUUGUCGUGCCGAGACUGCCGUUUGACUGUUCACCGCAACUGCUAUGGAGUCAGUCCUUCGCGUAAUUGUGUGAAGUGGUUGUGUGAUAUGUGCUCGAAUGACCGAAAUCCCAUGAUCUCCACAUCCUACGAAUGUGUUCUGUGCCCUGUGACCUGGACGGAGCAUGAAUUGAUGGAGGCGCCAAAGGUAUCGCACAAGAAGAAGACGGAUCGUGAUCGGGAGAAGGAGAGACUCGAGAAGGAGAUGGUGCAGGAGGCUAUCAAGCUUUAUCGGCAACGGCAAGAGGCUGUAGGCAAGCCAAUCGGUCCACGAGAACCGUUGAAGCGAACUGCCGGUAACAAUUGGGUUCAUGUCAUGUGUGCUGUCUGGACCCCCGAGAUCAAAUUCGGCAAUGCCAAAGAGCUUGAGCCUGCGGAGGGAUUUGGACUUAUCGCGGCAGACAGGUACAGGGACGUGUGCAAGCUCUGCAAGACCACCAAAGGUGCAUGCGUUACCUGCAGUCACAGCGGCUGCAACGCCCGCUUUCAUGUGGGCUGUGCUUUUCAGGCACAAUACACCUUCGGGUUCAACAUCACGCCGGUCAAAAGUUCCAGACGGGACACAGUGAGCAGUAUACGACUUGGGGAGGAGGUGGGAGCAGCAACAGCGGGCAUAUGGUGUCCACAUCACGCUCCUUCAUCCGGCCUUCAUCAGAUUGGUGAAGUGACCGGAGAAGACGGCUUGAACGCACUUCAACAAUUCGUUCAGUCGUACAAGCAGGCAGACUUGACCUUGCCCGGGACGGUUCGAAGAGCAGCAUAUGUACAACAAACGGUCAAUGCUUCUCAGCAUGCAACGACCGCCGGAACUCGGCGCGCCUCCGCCAUCAACGGUAUUGUCACUGCUGUCCCUCAAUCUGCACCCACCACGAAGGAGAACCAGAAACCCGCCCCGACGGCUCCAGAGCCACAUCCGGAUGAGAUGGAGAUCGAUACCGGAAGCCAUGCUCCCCGGCAAGUUUCGAGUCCCGAGGUGGAGCGGAAAUGCGGUCGUUGCUCUACCUCAUUCAGUCCUCGGUGGUGGCCGAUCGACGGUUCGCGGCGAGCUGCUGUCCUUAACAGCAGAGGCUCGAGCAUGAAUGGAAUUGGAUUGAGUUCUUCCAGCCCACCAUUCCUUUCCCAGAAUCUAUCCCAGCCUUCGCUAUCCAAGCUGAAUGGCGAUUACAGCUCGAUCCCAGAGGGGCCACUCUACGAAUGUCAUAAAUGCUAUCUGAAGAAUGCUACAGCCCAGCCAUCCCCAGAGCCUCGACCGUCUCCCUACUCAGCGCAGCGGCCAGUCCUGCCUGCUCCUCGAAUCCCCGAAUAUCAUGGGCAUCCUUAUGGACCACACGCGCAUCCGACUCCCCCUCCGACCAAUGUUCUCCCGAGGCCGCUCAGUGGCCCUCUUGCUCAUGGCCCUGAAUGGUACCCGGCCCAUGAACAGCGGCCGACUGAGCUUGCCGAUGGUAAGUUGCGCAACGGCUUGCCAGUUCCGGGAUACCAUGGAGGACCCCCAACCGUCCAGACUCAUCCUCUCAAUGGCUUUCAACAUCCGACGCCACCUGCUCCCCACGCUCCUCCUCCUCCUCCACCUCAUUAUCCCGGCGGUGCGCCUCCACCUCCGCACCAGCCAUACAGUGCUCAUCAAAGCCCGUAUGCGCCUGUGUCCAUACCAUCACCUCACCCAUCCCAUGCACCGGGCCCUCGACCGUACGCAUCCUCGGCGUCACCUCCAACGGCGCAAGCGACGAUCGUCCGCCACUCUCAACACUCUCUCAGCGCUUUGAACGGAGGCCCGCCUCCGCGAAUGUAUUCUGUGGAUCGCAUCCUCAGUGCCCCGACACAGUCACCCCCAGUGUCGCAAGCGCGUAUGGAUCCCCGGGGUUUGUCGUCUCCAGGCAAAAUGGAGGACACGCCUCUCAAUGCGGCCGGAGGAGCGAUGAGCGCUGGCAGGAGUUCGGGUGUCAAUGGAACACACGGAGGAUCUGGGGCAAGCGCCAGUCCGUCCUUGAAGAAUCUUCUUUCGUAG